AUGGCAUCUUCGUUUCGCGUGGUGCAGCACACUGUUAACGGUUGCCAUACGAGAGACCAUAUUGCGGCAACUGUAAACGGCGACGCCGACAUCCCAAAACUCGCGGUGAAGCAGUACAUCCCUCUGGACAACCCCAACCCGAAACCGGGCGACGUCACAAUUCUUGCGGCUCACGCCAAUGGCUUCCCAAAAGCAACUAUCUCAUCUACUCCCCGUCGCGACAUCUGGCCGUCAAGGGAGGCGGCCGCUAAACAGUUCAAGGGAAGCAAGUUCUUCCACGCAUGGGACCCCCGGGUUCUUGACCGAUGGAUUGAGUAUGGUCUCCGCGAAGUUCCAACGGAGCUCUACCCUACAGAUGGCGCGGAGAACGGAGACGAUAAGCGCGUCACACUCACAACCUCGAAGCACCAAGAAUUAUUUACUUUCCUUCGGCCCACAUAUCGGGGCGUCCCAGCAGAACAAUACCUCGACAAGGACCCAAUCGCGGACGAGGAAUAUCCAGGAUAUCCAUUUUACCGCCCCGAACCGCUGCAAGUGUUCCGCCGCCUGCCCGAGCUACGCCCCAGUGUUCUAUACGUCUUCGGGGAGAAGUCGGAACUGUCGACACCGGAGCUUCGCGAGAAGAAGAUGGAGAGGACGGGAACGGGAGUUGGGGGUAGUGGUGGCGCUGCUGCCGGUCGGGUGAAGGAGGUGGUUCUUGACUGUGGCCAUCUCGUAGCUAUGGAGAGAGUCGCGGAAUGUGCGGAUGCGAUUGCGGCGUUUCUUGGAGAUGAGAUGAAGCGAUGGGCGCAAGAGAAGAAAGAAUUCGAAGAGUAUUGGAACAGAAAGACUCGACGAGAACAGACGACGAUAGAUGAGCAAUGGGCCGAGCAGGUAAACCCCAACCGCCGGCCCGCUGGAAACACGAAGCUUUGA